GCCAUGGAGCCCGACCCGAAGGCCUUCUACGUGCUGAGCAACCUGGCCGAGGUGGUGGAGCGGGUCCUGGCCUUCCUGCCCACCAAGGCGCUCCUGCGGGCGGCCUGUGUGUGCCGUUUAUGGAGAGAGUGCUCCCGUCGAUUGCUGAGGACUCGGCAGAACUUCGCCUGGGUCUCUGCAGUUGAAGGAGGGACGUCCAAUCAUGCUCUAGUCCAGGAAUUAGAAGAGGAGCUUGAAAAGGUCCAAGUGCUGCCCCAAACGGUGUUUUAUAUAGCAGAUACAGAGACUUUCAGCGGCCAAGAAGAGCACAGGCAAAAGAAAGCUCGAAGAAGAAAUAGUAAAGAAACGGCCCUCGCUUUAGAACGGUUAUUGCCCAAACGAUGUCAAGUCCUCGGUUUGGUGACGCCUGGGGUUGUGGUCAACCCUACAGGAUCUCGCAGCGGCCGCCCUCUGGAGAUUGAAGAUGGUGAAGCCGGCUUUGCGUUAUUAUUCCCCAAGAUCGAUGGGGUGAAGAUUCAAACCUUCCACUUUUUUAAAGAUGCCAAGUCCAAGGUCAUUGAUGAAAACCAGUUUGCUGAAGCAGGUCUCAAGAAUAACCCAGAUCUCAGAGUCGUUCUUCUGUUUGGAUACAACACCUGGAAGUCAGGAGCCACACGGUUUCUGCACCAGAUAGUCAACCGCUUGAAUGAAAAAAGCAUCGUCUUGGCCGGGGGACAUGUGGACAGCUUUACGUCUCUGACUUCUGAGAGCAACAGUCAGGCCGCCGAUUCAUGCGGUGUUGUUGGCUUGGCGUUCAGCGGGCCCCAGAUCCAGAGCGCCGCCAUCCUGCUGGAUCAGGACGUCGUCGACGAGCGGACAGCGGAAGCGGCGAUGCAGCGCCUCAAGGCAGCAAGCAUCCCCGAGCACAACACCGUUGGCUUCAUGUUCGCCUGCGUCGGCCGGGGAUACCAGCACUACAAGACCAAGCAGAACCUCGAAGCGGACGCCUUCCGGAAGUUCUUCCCUCGCAUCCCCCUCUUCGGCUUUUUCGGGCACGGGGAGAUCGGGUGCGACCGGAUCGUGACCGGGAGUUUCAUCCUCCGGGAGUGUAAUAACGUCAAGGACGACCUGCUGCACGGUUACACCACUGUCAUGACCCUUAUCCAUCUUGGCUGA